AAAUAUUUAUUGGUGAUGGAGAGAAUCGUACUAGCAUUAAGAAUUUUCUUAACGAGUUAAAAUUACACAGUAACUUAGAACAUGACCAUAUAAUUAAAUUUUACGGAAUAAGUCAAGAUUCGGAAAGUGAAAAUAGUUUAUAUCUUAUGAUGGAAUUUGCAAACGAAGGAAAUCUGCGAAAUUAUUUAUUAAAGAAAAAGGAUAACUUAAUAUGGGAGGAAAAAAUUAGACUUGCGAUUCAAUUAGCUGAAGGAAUCUCGUAUCUACAUUAUGAGAAAAAUAUUGCACAUCUUGACUUG